AUGGCUGCCUGUGGGAGUCUCCAACACAUCUUUGACAAACCAUUGCCUGAAAAGACUCCAUCAUCAUCAUCUAUCCUUGAUUCCCUUUCUUCUUCCUGGAACCAACUCAAGCCUGUGGUCAAACCUCCAAUUGACCAUUCCUCCUUCACCGAGCUAUUCGGUGAGCUUCAUUUCAAGGACACCUCUUUCUCAGGCAACCUGAAGAAUCCAUACCCUCUAUCAGGUUCGAAGCUCGGCAGCAGCUUGCAGCUGUGCACGGAAGGGCUCGGUUCUGAGAGCUCUGCUGAUCUUGAGGACCUGAACAACAAUGAUAUAUCGUCGAAGACAGGAUGGCAACAUCAAGAAAAAGAAGAAGCGAUUGAGAAGAGAACAACAACACCACCAACAACAAGAGCCAUCAUAGCAAAGCAUUCUUCAGAAUUGGAGAAUCAAAGUAGAGGUGGGGAAGACAGGAGAUCGUCGAGGUCUUUUGGUGAUAGAGGGGUUUCUUUCCCUCCACCCAUUUCCUGCAUAGGAAAGACCGGCAAGCCUUGGGUUUGCUUCAAGUCUUACAGGGAGGAUGGCAGGUUUGUUCUGAAAGAAGUAAGGAUCCCUACUCAGGAGCUUCUACAUGCUUGCAGAGAAGAUGGGAGGUUAAAGCUGCAAUUUGUCCAGCCUGACAAUGAAAUCAUUGAAGAAGUGGAAGACGAGGAGGAGGAAGAUGAGAGCUUUAUGCAGCAUGAUGGUGGAGAUGAGAACGAUGAUGAUGAAUGCAUGAAUGUUAACAAUGCCAAGCAAUGA